GUUGAAUUCUCGUACCCUCCGCUGAUGCCGGACGAGGGUCACGACAGUAACCUGGUUCCCGAGGAGUGGAAAUACCUGCCGUUCCUCGCUCUGCCUGACGGGGCGCACAACUACCAGGAAGACACUGUGUAUUUCCACCUGCCGCCGCUCACUGGAGACAUGAAGUGUGUGUACGGAGUUUCCUGUUAUCGUCAAAUAGAAGCAAAGGCCCUGAAGGUGCGGCAGGCUGACGUCACCAGGGAGACGGUUCAGAAGAGCGUCUGCGUCCUGAGUCGAGUGCCUCUCUACGGCCUCCUCCAAGCAAAGCUGCAGCUCAUCACACACGCCUACUUUGAGGAGAAAGACUUUUCACAGAUCUCCAUCCUGCAGGAACUCUACGACCACAUGAACGGCUCCUUGAAGGGAUCCACUCUGGAGGGGUCGCAGGUUUAUUUAGGAUUAUCGCCCAGAGAUCUCAUACUGCACUUUCAACACAAGGUUCUCAUCCUCUUCAAACUCAUUCUGCUGGAGAAGAAGGUUCUGUUCUACGUGUCUCCCGUCAACAGACUAGUCGGAGCCCUCAUGACGGUUUUGUCGCUGUUUCCAGGUAUGAUCGAACACGGCCUGGUGGACUCGUCCCACUACAAACCCAAGAGCAGCGUGUCGGAGGACCUGAGCCUGGUGGAGAGCUUCUCCGGAGCCGAGGAGUUCGUCUCUGUGUCCGUCACCGACAUCGCCAGCACCGCCCUGGAGCUGGUGGGGGAGGACACCGCCCAGCCUGCCCCAGAGUCUCUGUCGUCCGGCAACAGCACAGAGGGGGACAACCACCUCCUCAAACCCCCGUCACGCACCUCGCCAGACUCCUCGGAGAGCGACUGGGAGACCCUGGACCCAAGCGUGUUAGAGGAAGUUGGCGCCAAAGAGGCAAUGGAGGGGAAAGAGACGGGGUCAGAGCUGCCGGACGCAUUUGACUCCCAACCGGGGACGCCCAUCACUGUGCAGCCGCAGGCGGUCACCGGUCAGGGAGGGGUCACCCAGGGCCUGGUGUCCGGUCUGGAGGAGGAUCAGUACGGCCUGCCGCUCGCCGUCUUCACGAAGGGUUACCUGUGUCUGCCCUACAUGGCCCUGCAGCAGCACCACCUCCUGUCAGACGUGACGGUGCGAGGCUUUGUUGCCGGGGCGACCAACAUCCUCUUCCGCCAGCAGAGGCACCUGAGUGACGCGGUUGUCGACGUGGAAGAGGCUCGAAUCCAGAUCCAGGACCCUGAGCUGCGGAAGAUCCUGAGUUUGACGACGGCCGACCUGCGCUUCGCCGACUACCUCGUCAAACACGUGACGGAGAACCGCGACGACGUCUUCUUGGACGGGACAGGCUGGGAAGGCGGAGACGAGUGGAUCAGAGCCCAGUUCACGCUCUACCUGCACUCGUUACUGUCGUCUGCAAUACAGACAGAUAACGAGAGGCUGCUGGCCGAUUACGGCGCUCCCUUCAUCACAGCGUGGAAGAUCACCCACAACUACCGGGUGUGGUACAGCAACAAGCACCCCGCCAUGACCGCCAUCACCCCCGGUCACCCGUUCCAGGGUCAGUACAGUGUCACCGACGUGAAGCUGCGACUCUCACAGUGAGUAUUAUUAUUAUUAUUAUUUC